AUGUGUGGGCAAGAUGGCAAUUGCGGGAGUGGCUCGUCCUCCUCGACGCCAUCAUACCCGCUGCGGGCACCAGUUCCCGUCGGGAAAAGAGCCAACAAGCUGUACAGAGACCGCACGGCAAACUUCUACUCGCCAGGACAAUGGGAGAAGGUCAAUCUGCUUUCUAUGAUGCAUCUCGCAGUCCGCUCCGACCCAUCCGUCAUCAACCUCUCAGUAUGGCACAGCCCAGGCCUUAGCCGACCAACCUUUGCAGAUGCCACGGCCUCAGCGAAUGACUACCGACCAUCUCAAGUCGGCGACUCCUUCGGGCCGUCCUGGUCAACGCACUGGUUCAGGGUCCGCGUCACCAUCCCGGAAGAGAUGCAGCAGAUGGAACACCUCGAACUACACUGGGACUGCAGCAACGAAGCAACGGUCUGGACCGCCGAGGGGCAGCCCCUCCAAGGCCUCACCGGCCGCGGCGAACGCAUCGAGUGGAUUCUCCCCGCGUCGUUCAAGGACGGGAGGGAGCACGUCUUCUUUCUCGAGAUGGCUUGCAACGGGAUGCUGACCAACGCGGCGGGCGAGCCCAUUUUCAAGAACAACGCCAACGGGGAUGCCAUUCAACCUCCGGACCCGAACAAGUCCUUUUCCCUGACGAAAGCCGAGAUUGUGGCUGUCGAUCGCCAGGCGCGGGCGUUACACGCGGACAUCACCGUCAUCCACCAGGCGGCGGAGGAGUUCCCCGAAGACUCGUGGGAGCAGCACGAGGCGCUCAACGUUGCGACGAGGAUCAUUAAUGCUUUUCGGGUCGGUGAUCGGGAGUCGAUUGUCAAGAGCCGGAAGAUUGCGGAGGAGUACCUGGGCCCCAACGUCAACUCGGCAAACGUGUUUAAUGGCGGCGGCGACAAGGGGUCGAGUGUGCUCGCCAUCGGUCAUUGCCACAUUGACACCUGUUGGCUUUGGCCGUGGGAGGAGACGAAGCGCAAGGUUGCGCGGUCGUGGUUGAAUCAGUGCGAUUUGAUGGAUCGGUAUCCGGAGCUCAACUUUGCCUGUUCGCAAGCUCAGCAGUUCAAAUGGUUAAAACAAGGCUACCCCUACGCCUGGGAACGCGUCCAGGCCAAAGUCGAAGCCGGCCAGUUCCACCCCAUUGGCGGAUGCUGGGUCGAGCACGACACCAACAUACCCAGCGGCGAGUCUCUGAUCCGCCAGUUCCUCUUUGGGCAGCGCUUCUUUGAGAGCAACUUUGGUCGCCGCUCGACGACGUGCUGGCUGCCGGAUACGUUUGGCCAGUCGAGCCAGAUGCCGCAGCUGUGUCGCCAGGCCGGGAUGAAUAGAUUCCUCACGCAAAAGAUUUGUUUCAACAACAUGAAUGAGUUUCCUCAUACUACGUUUAACUGGGUUGCUCUGGACGGGAGUCAGGUUAUUUGUCACAUGCCGCCUGCAAAGACAUACUGCGCCAAUGCAACAUUUGGAGACGUCAAGCGUAGCAUGACGCAGCACAAGUCACUUGACCAGGACCACACGUCUCUUCUCGUUCUCGGCAAAGGAGACGGCGGCGGCGGUCCAACAUGGCAACAACUCGAGAGCCUGCGCCGCCUCAGGGGCCUCUCCGACACCACCGGCCUGCUCCCCCGCGUCCACUCCGGCGGCAACCCCGACGAUUUCUUCGACCGUCUCGAAAAGAAGGCGCAGACCCUGCCCACCUGGCACGGCGAGCUGUACUUCGAGCUCCACCGCGGAGUCUACACGACGCAGGCGCAGACGAAGCUGAAUAACAGAAAGGCUGAGAUCCUCCUCCGCGACGUGGAGCUGCUGGCGACCAUUGCUUCCGUCGAGGAGAAGUCGUACCGGUACCCGAAAAGGGAGCUCGACGAGAUGUGGGAGGGGGUGCUGCUUUGCCAGUUUCAUGAUUGUCUUCCCGGUACUGCUAUUGGGAUGUGCUAUGAUGAUUCGGACAAGGUUUAUGCAAACGUGUACGACAUUGGCAACACGCUCUUGCGAAGCAUUUACAGCGUGCUGAAAGUCAACGACACCAACGACAAACCUGCGGAAACCAAUAAGCUGGUAGCUCUCAACACGCUAGGAUGGCCUCGAAAGGAAGUCGUCACCGACGAGGACGGCAAAGAUAUCAUCGCACAGGGCACCGGAAACAUCAUAUCCGCCCAGGAGGUAACCCAUACAGACACCAAGCACCUGGUGACGGUCAAGGAAGUCUCUACGGGCAUCUUUGUCCUCGAAAACAGCCGCUUCACAGUCACAGUGGAUAAGGGGUGCAUCACGUCCCUCUACGACCGCCGCGCCAAGCGCGAGGCCAUCGCGCCGGGGUCCAAGGCCAACCAGUAUGUCAUCUUUGACGACAAGCCAAUCUACUGGCAGGCCUGGGACGUGGAAGUCUUUCACCUCGAUACGCGCGAGGAGCUGCAGGGUUCGCAGACGUAUGCUCUGGGGAGCUCGCCGCUGAGGGCGAGCGUGGUGACGGAGACGAGGAUUAGCGACGUCAGUUCCAUCAGGACGACCGUUAGCCUUGCUGCGGCUUUUGAUGGGGAUGAGAGCGGGACGGGCGUGGAGUGCACUGCCGAGGUAGACUGGCAUGAGACGAUGAAGUUUCUCAAGGUUGAGUUUCCGGUGGAUGUGAGGCAUCAUGAGGCUUCCUAUGAUACGCAGUUUGGAGUGAUUCGCCGGCCGACGCACUAUAACACUUCUUGGGACAUGGCCAAGUUCGAAGUAUGCUGCCACAAGUACGCGGACCUAUCGGAGUACGGAUACGGCGUGUCCAUCCUCAACGACAGCAAAUACGGUUUCGCCACCGUCGGCAACACGAUGCGUCUCUCCCUCCUGCGCUCGUCCAAGGCGCCCGACGACGGGGCCGACAUGGGCAAGCACGUCAUCCGGUGGUCGAUACUGCCUCACCGAGGACCCCUGGGACCGGAGACGGUGCGGGCGGCGUUUGAGUUUAAUAACCCGCUCAAGCUCGUGUCGGCGUCUGCGGAUUGUCCCUUGUUGACGACGGGGGCUGGAGCUGGCACUUUCCCGGUUGCCUUGACGGGGGACGAGAACCUGGUGCUGGACACGAUCAAGCGCGGCGAGGAUGACGAGGACGUCGGGCUAGGUGAGUUGCCGGUUCGUCGCGGGCGGAGCGUCGUUGUGCGGGUAUACGAGAGUCUGGGGGGACGUGGACGGGGCAAGGUGGUGACGAGGUGGGAGGUGAGGAGCGUGCACAAGACGAACCUGCUGGAAGACGACGAGGAGGAGGUUCGUGUUGAUGAUGGCGGGUUCGAGGUCGACCUUGGCCCGUUUCAACUCCAGACGUAUCGACUCGAGUUGGUAGACUAA